AUGAUUCAGGAUUACUGUUGCGGGUUCCAUCACAGAGGCCCAAAUGGCAUUUACGGUACACCACGCGACUACGCGAGGUAUGUCAAUCGAUGGGGAAUUCGCACUCUUUGUCUGAAUUCAAAUAUUACUCGGAGCAAAUUCAAGAUUCGCAACAGUUUCGGUGGCUUAACUUGUGCACCGAUAACUUCCUUUGAUGGCUGCAGAAAUGCCGAUCCAAACCGCACCGUAUAUACUGUCACUGUCGCGCUGAUGAUUCGUCCAUCACUACCGGAAUUUCAGCCCACGACCGCUCGCAUACGUGUCGAACCCUGGCAAAAUAUGACGUCCAACCAACUGAUCUCCGGCGACCGGGUCAUAUUAUUCCUUUACGGGCUCAUACAGACGGCUUGA